CGGCCGGCGAGAGCGCGCGUGUCAUGCGCUUCCGCUGAGAUGACCGGCGCUCGGGCGCUCGUGGCCGCCUGCUGCUGCUGGUGGUGGCUGACGACCGCAGCCGCCACCGAGCUAGACCUGCUGGGCGCAUUGUCCCUGCACAACACGACGCGUGCCGGCGUGACCGUCACGCCGGGCAUGCAGCCUCAGCGGACUGCCUACACCCUGCAAGGGGAGUCGAGGUCACUGCAGGUGGAAGGAAGCGCCUUCGAGCGCGCCGCGGAGUUGCUUAGACGUUCGCCGGAGUUCACUGUCUUGGCUGCGUUGCGGCAAGAACCUGCCAACUCCGGAACCAUACUAUCAUUCUCACACGGCUACAACAGGUACUUGGAGGUGCAGUCAAGUGGUCGCCGCGACGAGGUGCGACUGCAUUAUGUUGCUGCGGGCACGGCUACGCCGCGCGUUGAAACCUUCCCGUUCCGGUUGGCGGACGGCGCGUGGCAUCGGCUUGCACUCGCCGUGUCGGGGGCACAAGCCACGCUGCUGGUCGACUGCCACCCGCUGUACCGACGUCUCAUUUUGCCACCAGAUCGUAACUUUACCCAACCUCAGCUAUCACUAUGGGUUGGACAGAGAAAUAACAAGCACUCGUUAUUUAAAGGAACACUGCAAGAAGUUAGACUAGUAAGCGGUCCACAUGGCUACUUGGCGCAAUGCCCAGGACUGGACUCUGAAUGUCCCACAUGCGGCCAAUUCGCAUUAUUGCAAGCUACCGUACAGGAAUUGACUACGCAUAUCCAUGACCUCUCACUCAAGCUAGUAGGUGCAGAGGCGAGAUUAGCACGAUUAGAGCAAUGUGACUGUCAAAAGUCGUGCUACUCUAAUGGUACUGUUCACGCUGAUGGCGCUACUUGGCAACGAGACUGCAAUCGCUGCUCCUGCGUGCACGGUGAAAUUACGUGCAGGCCAGUAGAGUGCGAUAGAGCAGAGUGUAAGAAUCCAGUACUACACCCUGGAGAAUGCUGUCCUACAUGUUUAAGACAUUGCCUACUGAAGGGCACACUGUACGAGCAUGGCGACAGGUUCGCGCCGAAGGAGUGCGCGGAGUGUGUGUGCCACGACGGCAAUAUGCAGUGCUCGCGUGUCGAUCCCGACACCGCCUGCCCGCCGCUGCCCUGCGACCCGCCCGACCAGUUCACCGUGCCGGGGGAGUGCUGUAAAUUCUGUCCAGGUGUGGACUAUUGCAGCAUGGGGCAUUCUUGCGACGAGAAUGCGACAUGUAUGAAUCUCAACACCAAAUACACAUGUACCUGCAACCAGGGCUUCCAAGGCGAUGGCCUCACUUGUCAAGAUGUGGAUGAAUGUCAGGAAGCAGGCGGGUUACGAGGACAUCACUGCCACCUCAACACUCGAUGUGUCAAUGUCGUCGGAAGCUACGUAUGCCAGUGCCUACCCGGAUAUGCCCGCCGGGAUAAAUUCAAUUGUGUUGAAGUGGACGAGUGUGCGAGUUCAUCUCACGGAUGUGACGCAGCCGCAGAAUGCACCAACACACCUGGCUCGUAUACGUGCCGGUGCCGCGACGGGUACGCCGGCGACGGCCACACGUGCACGCCGAUCUGCACGGGCGGAUGCCUCAACGGCGGAGAAUGCGUGGCCCCAGAGCGGUGCGAAUGCGCGAGUGGAUUCGUCGGGGCGCGGUGCGAGCGUGACGUAGACGAGUGCAGUCCCGCGGCCCCCACGCCCCCCGCGCCCCCAGCUCAUCCCGCGCUACCCUCACAUACACGUGCACCGUGCGUUCCGCGAGCGCACUGCGUCAACACGCCCGGCUCCUACUACUGCGUAUGCGCCGACGGGUACCGCCGCGAUACUCACGGAGACCACUGCGAAGAUAUCGACGAAUGCAUGGAAGGAUUUCACACGUGCCACCCGAGCGCACGCUGCGUCAACACCGACGGAGGUUUUAGAUGCGAAUGCGACACGCAACCCUGUGAACUCAGCUGCGCGUGGCAGGGCGAGGUGUUGGCGGACGGGUGGCGCUGGGCGGAGGCGGGCGGGUGCCGCGCGUGCACGUGCGCGGCGGGAGUGGCCUCGUGCUCGCGUGCCGCUUGCGCUUGCGACGCCGACAACCGCACCGUUGCAUUUCAGACUACAGAGACAUCACUGAUGAUUGCGCCGGAAUCGUGCUGUCCACACUGCGAACCGCGCUACCACUGCCGUCACCAGGAAAUGCAUCACGUUACCUUCCGCAGUGGCGAGCGCUGGCUCUACCAGUGCCAGAUCUGCGAAUGUCUACUGGGUGAAGUGGACUGCUGGGAGCCGGAGUGCGAGGAGGCCGGCGGCGGGUGCUGCAGGGGCGGUGGCGGGGGCGGGGGCGGCGGCGAGGGGGGCGCGUGGCGCGCGCCGCACCGCCUCGAGCUGGCGGGCUGCGCGCCGCCGCACUGCCCCGCCUGCCAGGGCGGGCAGUGUGCUACUUUGGUGAGCAAUCUCGCGUGUUGUGUGCAUCGGUAACCAUCCCCACUCUUCUUAUUCAUUCAUACAUUGCUCUAUUAACAUGCAUUUAUUUAUGUGCUUUAGUCUUCAAUUUUACUUAACAAUCAAUACGGUUUCAUAUUUAUAUUUGGUAUCUAUUUUCUUUAGAUAGAUGCCAAUAUUGCAAUUACACGUUUAAUUAGCGCCCCAAAUUAAUGCAAAAAAUUGGCGCCCGACGUGGGAAACUAAUAUUUUGAGCGUCCCAUACUGGGCGCCAAUCAUUUUAACGAAUUGAAGACUAUCAUUUCAAAUAUCAUUUUAUGUUGCAUGUUUUAUUUUUUACUUACACAUAAGCAUGUUUAAAUUUUAUAUUUUUUAUUUACACUUCGCAAAGAUCAAGCAUGUUAAGAUAUAAGACUACAUUUUAUUUUUUUAUUCCUCAAUUUUUGUUAUAUUAUAUCACAAGACCCCAUAGUAAAAGUACCUACGUAAAUAUUUUUAUAAGUAAUUACAGAUAUCAUACACUAGUUUAGUUUAUUAUUCAGAAUUGCAUUGUAGUGUAUGCACAUAACAGUAAAGUAUUUUGUGAUGAUGAUGUAUCAAAAUGAGUAAUGUUAGAUUUUAUCAUUUCAUUCUAAAUGUAAAUAAAUGUGGAGCCACACGUAGCCUGCAUUAUACCUUCAAAGCUCGCAGCCAUCGCUCACAACAGCUCUCGACCACUUAGCACUUCGUAGCUUCUUUUGAUAAAACAAAAAGAGCAGAACUCGUAACACCACGUUUCCACCGAUGUGUACAAUAUAACGUCUUGUAUAUAUAUGAAACCAGUUUUGACCAUUCAUGAUAUAAAUAUAAUGUCAUGGACCACAUGUAUAAAUUACUGGUGGAAACGAGGAGUGAGUGACGAAGCGUGAGAGGAGCAGAUGGGUGCGUGCGGGCUGGGAAGGUGUGUGCUGAGCGUGGCGGGGUGUGGCGGUGCA